AUGAUUUCUCUGGCUCUUCACAAGUGGAUGAGGAAUACUUCACCGGAGAUGCUGCUGUUGGUGAAUAUAUUGUGGUUUUUACCUCUGACUGGAGCGGCUCCGUCUCAGACUACCGAGCAGCUGGACAUGGGGGUGGACUGGCUGAGUAAGUUUGGCUACCUCCCGCCCCCUGACCCAGUGACUGGUCAGCUACAGACCAAGGAGGCCCUGACCAAGGCCAUCAAAGCCAUGCAGAAGUACGGAGGGCUUAAGGAGACCGGAGUCUUAGACCAAGCCACACUGGGUCUAAUGAAAACACCCAGGUGUUCUCUGCCAGAUGUUUCUGAGAUGGAGGUGACAAUGGGCCGCAGGAAACGAGGCUUGAACCCUCAAAACAAAUGGAGUAAGAGGCAUCUAUCCUGGAGAGUGAGGACAUUCCCUAAGGAUUCAGCCUUACUGGGCAGGGACACUGUUCGAGCCCUGAUGUACUACGCCCUGAAGGUCUGGAGUGAUAUCGCGCCCCUGAACUUCCACGAGGUGGCCGGCAGUGAUGCAGACAUUCAGAUCGACUUCACUAAGGCCGAUCACAAUGAUGGAUAUCCCUUUGAUGGGCCAGGGGGCACCGUUGCGCAUGCAUUUUUCCCUGGUGAGAGGUUCACAGCCGGGGAUACACACUUUGAUGAUGACGAGGCCUGGACCUUCAGAUCCCCAGACUCUCAUGGGAUGGAUCUAUUUGCAGUUGCAGUACAUGAGUUUGGUCAUGCCAUCGGUCUGGUCCACACCUCAGCCAUAGAGUCCAUCAUGAGGCCGUACUACCAGGGUCCUGUAGGAGACCCUCUGAAAUACGACCUACCCUAUGAAGACAAGGUCCGCGUCUGGCAGCUCUACGGUGUCAGAGACUCGGUGUCCCACACAAAUCGACCGGGCAGCCCCGCCCAGACAGCUGAACCUCCCGUCCUGCUGGAUCUUCCUGAAAACAGAUCCACUCUCCUGCUGGCACGAGACGCCCCAGACAGAUGCACCAGUCACUUUGAUGCCGUGGCCCAGAUACGAGGGGAGGCCUUCUUUUUUAAAGGGAAAUACUUUUGGCGAUUAACAAGAGAGAAGCACCUGGUGUCUCUACGUCCCGCUCAGAUCCAUCGUUUCUGGAGGGGCCUUCCACCCAAUCUGGAUAGUGUGGACGCUGUGUAUGAGAGACCGGGGGACCACAAAAUAGUCUUUUUCAAAGGUUUGAAGUACUGGGUAUUUAAAGACAAUAAUGUGGAAGAGGGCUACCCUCGUCCAAUCAGUGACUUUGGCCUGCCCAUGGAAGGAGUGGAUGCAGCUUUUGUUUGGCUACACAACGACAAAACCUACUUCUUCAAGGACAGCCACUACUGGCGCUACGAUGACCACCUGAGGCGUAUGGACCUGGGCUACCCUAAAGACAGCACGCUUUGGAAGGGGCUGCCGCCACAACUGGACGACGCCAUGAGGUGGUCUGAUGGCUCAUCCUAUUUCUUCAAGGGGAAGGAGUACUGGCGAGUGCCAAGCAGUGACAUGGAGGCGGAGGCAGGAUAUCCCCGCCCCAUCGCUAAAGACUGGCUGCUGUGCACCGAGAUGCAGUCGGACUCUCCGGACACGGAGCCAAAAAGCACAGAGACGAGAGUCAACGUGCACCAUCACCCAGACCACGCAGAGAAUGGAUACGAGGUGUGCUCCUGCACCUCUGACACCGCCUCUCCUUUAGGCGCCCGGCCCUCCCCAUCUCCCUUGUGGCUCCUGCCACCUCUCUGGACGCUCUCGCUCUCUCUCCGCUCUGAACUGCUAUGAUGCCAAAGCAUGGGAAGUUCUCAAGCUGGGUACAAGACAGAGACUUGUUGCUGGAGGGCCAGUGGACAUUCAGUCCAAAUACAAACUGGAACAUUUUGUUCAUAUAAAUAUCAACUGGUAUGUUUUUGCUAUUAUUUUUGCUGUUAUUUAUUUCACAUGCCAUUUGAUGGUCUUUUAAAGCGCCUUGCAGUAUGAGUAGUACAUGCAGUUAUCAUAUUAUCAUACUAGGGUAUAUCUAGUGGGCAUCAAUCCACCGACAAUGACAUUGCUAGUACCGUGCUUAACUAAUUGAGUUACACAGUCCCGGUUCUAUGUCUUCUCAUAUUUACUUUUUUCACAUACAACAAGUCUACAGCAAUAAUGAAUGACAUCCUGGGAUGUAGGCGUUUAGCAGUUGGUAUCCUGAGAUUAAGACUGGUUUACACUAGGGCUGUCAAAUAAUAACAUUUUUUAAAUUGCUAUUAAUCGUAGAA